AGAUUAGAUCUGUGCAAUAUUCUGCUCUGUCGUUCCUUUCUGGAGGACUCGAUGCGAUUUUUGGCUUCUCGAGUCAGAUCUCAUCUUGUCUUCAACCACUGUUUUUACAGAUUGCAUUUCAGGAUGGCGAGCAGCUCGACCACCGUAAAGAAGGAUGCUUUCCCUUUCGAUAAGCAGCGGCUAGAGGGGACUUUGCUUAAUCGAUUCUUCUACGCCCCAGCGUUCGAGAUUUACGGCGGUGUUGCUGGGUUGUAUGACUAUGGCCCCCCGGGUGCUUCGUUGCAGGCCAACAUCAUCAAUGAGUGGCGAAAACACUUCAUCAUCGAAGAACACAUGCUCGAGCUUGACACUACUAUCAUGACUCCUGCACCCGUCUUUGAGACUUCCGGUCAUGUGGCUCGGUUCAUGGACUGGAUGGUCAAGGACUCCCAGACUGGCGAUGUCCUUCGUGCCGACCAUCUAGUUAAGAACGUCCUCGAGGCUCGUCUUGCCGGUGACAAGGAAGCUCGUGGUCUCGCUGUUCAACCACCGGUGGAUGACAAAGAUAAGAAGAAGAAGGUGAAGAAGGUGAAAGGGAAGGUUGGUGUAAAGCUAGAGGAUGAGGUUGUUGCAGAGUACGAAAACAUCCUCGCCCAGCUGGACAACUAUACGGGUCUAGAACUUGGCGAACUUUGCCGCAAGUACAAAAUUACCAACCCCGACACCGACAAUGAGGUGUCAGAACCACAACCGUUUAACCUCAUGUUUGCUAGCAGCAUCGGUCCCACCGGUCAGCAUCCAGGUUAUCUCCGACCCGAGACAGCACAAGGUCACUUUAUGAAUUUCUCUCGUCUGCUCAGCUUCAACAAUGGAAAACUUCCAUUCGCGUCCGCACAGAUCGGGCGGUCAUUCAGAAACGAGAUCUCUCCCAGAGCCGGUCUCCUUCGUGUGCGAGAAUUCACGAUGGCGGAGAUCGAGCACUAUGUCGACCCGGAAGAUAAGACUCACGAACGCUUCCACGAGGUGCGCGAUGUGGAACUCGAUCUUCUACCUCGAGAUGUUCAGUCGUCAGGCAACACGAAAGUGACCCGAAUGACUGUGGGCGAAGCUGUCAAAAAAGGCAUCAUUGCGAACGAGACCCUCGGGUACUUUGUCGCACGCAUAUACUUGUUCCUCACUAAAAUCGGCAUCAAUCCUGCGAGGCUCCGGUUCCGCCAACACAUGAAAAAUGAGAUGGCCCACUAUGCCUGCGACUGCUGGGAUGCGGAAAUUCACAACUCGACCGGUUGGACGGAAUGUGUUGGCUGUGCUGACCGGUCGGCGUACGAUUUGACAGUGCAUAGCAAGAAGACCGGGAUUCCUUUAAUUGCUUCGCAACAGUUGGAGGAGCCCAUCGUGAUCGAGAAGGAGGUCGUCCAAUUCAACAAGAGGACGCUCGGCAAGAUGUUCGGGAAGGAGUUGCCUGUGAUCCAGAACAUCGUCAAUGACAUGGAUGAGGUCAGCUUGCAGAAGCUCAAGGGCGAACUGGCCCAGGGUGUUGCCACGAUUGUUUCCUCUGAAGGCCGGGAGUUCAAACUCACCCCUGACCUCCUGACCAUUGAAAGACAAACGAUCAAACAGUCAAUUCGUGAGUAUACACCAAACGUCAUUGAGCCGUCUUUUGGUCUGGGCCGCAUCCUUUACUGCUUGCUCGAACAUAGUUUCUGGAGUCGAGAACAGGAUGUCGAACGUGUGGUCCUCUCAUUGCCGCCUAUAAUCGCACCCACAAAAGUGCUCAUCGUUCCCUUGAGUACUAAACGGUUCGAUCAUCUUGUUCGUGACGUCUCGUCGAAGCUUCGCAAGUCUGGCGUGUUCUCUAGUGUAGAUGAUUCUAAUCAAAGCAUCGGGAGACGCUACGCUCGCAACGAUGCAUUGGGGACACCAUAUGGCGUGACACUUGACUUUGCAUCAUUGCAAAAAGGGACUAUGACGCUUCGGGAACGUGACACUACUGAACAGCUCAUUGGUCCUAUUGACGAGGUUAUUGCUGUUGUGACAGAGCUUGUCCAAGGCACUAUAGAUUGGGCCGAGGCUCGCCAGCGACUGCCAGCUUAUGACGGCGUCCAAGCUCUUGAUUAACAUGCUGCAAACGCUGCCUUGGGAUCGGACGUCCAGGUUGACUGAAUGAACUGAAGGGUUGUAUUGGCGCAGCUCAGGAUAUCCCCGUGGACAUAUGGACGUCUCUGUUUAACGAGGCAAGAGCAAUUGAGAAAGCAUGAUUAGACUGGCUUACUAGGCGUGUACUAGAUGUAUCAACAAGUUACCCAUCAGAUUUCCGUCCGACGACCUCAUCCGGUCUAUGCGGAAGUUACAAUGAAUGUGCAUCGCGCCGAUAUGUCGCGCAAGCUCAGAUACAAAAUGGAGUAAGAGGGUGUCUCUCCUAUGCCUUGGAACUAUUCACAGGAGUAAACAUAGUUCACGGAGCGUAGGCUUACAAUCCCAGCUAGAUGUCCUCCUAUGAUGAUGCGUAGCUUCCCGCCGCUACUUGGACUGAGUGGUCAGAAUUAGGGUAAGGCUGUGAGACGGCCAACUUCGGACGCAACCGACACUCAGCGCGCGAUGGAUGUACAAGAAAGUCAAUACAGAACCAGGCGUUGUUAUUCGGUGCGUGAUGCCAUGAACUGGGUGCAAUUGGCGGCAGCGUCAUUCCCCUAUGUUGACACGUUGUAUUUCAUGUGGCGGGGACGGAAUGACGAAUGAAGACGGCCAUCGUAUGCUUGGUCGGGAUUGCAUGCUCUGUUCGUCUCAGAUACGCAUUACACGAACGGAUCACUCACUAAGAUAAAUGAAUGGAUAACUAAAUCUCUGCAACCAUGC